CACAUCUCUAGUGGCCUCACCAAGCAGUGUGAAAUCUCUGACGUCAAUCGAACAGCAAAGCGGUGUUCCCUUGGCUUCACAGCAAGGAAUCUAACUGGAAGCAAUAUAAUUAAGUCCCAAAGCUGGAGUUCAACCGCCGUCCCUUCCUCUCUCAAUCAUCUCCAAUGGCAUUGGUGGAGUUGAAGGUAGGGAUGCACUGCGACGAGUGCAUCAAAGCCAUCAAGAAGGCCAUCAAAAAGAUCGAAGAGGUUGAGACCUACAGAGUUGACACAGAGCUCAGCAAGAUCACUGUGACUGGAAAUGUGACAUCAGAAGAGGUGAUGAGGGCGCUGCAAAAGAUUGGAAAGAAUGCUACUCUGUGGACUGAAGACUGAGAAGGCGGCUGCUGCUUCUGCUUCUGCUUCUGCUUCUGCUUCUCGAUUAUAAAUAAAAUGCGCUUCUAAGUAUUAAGAGCAUCCAUAUCAAUUACCCUAAAUUUAAUUUUUAUCUUAAAUUUUACAUUUUGCAUUAAAAAAAUAUCCACAUCAGAUACCCUACCCAUUCCCUAAA